GCUGACGCCCUAGAGCGACGCGGAAGUGCUGGCAGGAGCCGGUGGCAGGUUGUCUUGGCGUGCCUUCUGGCCUGGCCGUUCCCCUUGAGAACUCCGGGAGGGCGAGGUUCCCGGAGUCCGCUUCUGCCGGCCCCGCCUGCCGGUCCGGGAGCCGAUGCUGCCCGCGGUCUGCAGCCCCGCUCGCGGGGCCGGACCAUGAGCCUGUGGGGCAGCCUGGCCUCCUCGCCGCGGGUCCCUCUGCACCCCACCAAGGCCAGGAUGAAAAAGCUGCCCAAGAAGAGCCAGAACGAGAAGUACCGCCUCAAGUACCUGCGGCUGCGCAAGGCGGCCAAGGCCACCGUGUUUGAAAAUGCUGCUAUUUGUGAUGAAAUUGCUCGUCUCGAAGAAAAAUUUCUUAAAGCAAAAGAGGAAAGAAGGUACCUGCUGAAGAAGCUCCUCCAGCUGCAGGCGCUCACCGAAGGGGAGGUGCAGGCUGCAGCUCCUGCCCACAGCUCCAGUCUGCCCCUGACCUAUGGUGUGGCCAGCUCUGUGGGAACCAUACAGGGAGCUGGGCCCAGUGCUGGGGCUGAGGAACCUUUUGGGAAGAAAUCCAAGAAGGAGAAAAAAGAAAAAGGCAAAGAAAACAACAAGCUGGAAGUUGUGAAGAAAACAUCCAGGAGAAAGAAAAUGGAGGGAGGUGCUCGCAAGCUGGUUCAGCCUGUUGCCCUGGAUCUCUCAGGACGGCCUGUGUUCCCCAUCGGACUAGGGGGUCUUACAGUGUAUAGCCUGGGGGAGAUCAUCACCGACCGACCUGGCUUCCAUGAUGAGAGGGCCAUCUACCCUGUGGGCUACUGCAGCACCCGAGUGUAUGCUAGCAUGAAGUGGCCGGAGCAGAGGUGUCUGUAUACCUGCCAGAUCAAGGAUGGUGGGGCACAGCCUCAGUUUGAAAUUGUUCCUGAAGACGACCCCCAAAACGCCAUCGGCGGUUCUUCUGCAGAUGCCUGCCACGCAGAACUGCUCAGGAUCAUAAGUGCUACUUUGGGGAAACUACUGCCUAACCUGCUUCCAUCUGGAGCUGACUUUUUUGGGUUUUCUCAUCCAACCAUCCACAACCUUAUCCAGAGUUGUCCAGGAGCUCGAAAAUGCAUCAAUUACCAGUGGGUAAGAUUUGACGUGUGCAAACCUGGAGAUGGGCACCUGCCACCGGGGCUGCCAGAGGAUAGUGCAGCUUUGAGCUUCGAAGCCUUUCAGAGACAGAUCUUUGAUGAAGAUCAUGAUGAUCCUGUUCUGUCAGGAACCUUGGACCUCCCGGAACUUCAGCCUGCAGCCUUUGUGUCUUCUUACCAGCCCGGGUUCCUGACACAUGAGCCCUUGCAAGACACGCAGCUGCAACACUUGACUUCUCCGUCACAUUGCAGCCCAAUUCCGUCUUCAGACUGAGCAAGAAGGGCUCAUUAUCA